UUUUUUUUGUUCCAAUUCUUCAAAAGUUUUUCUACCGGGCAUCCUCACUGCGUCCAUGUUCCGAACUUGUUCGGCAUCCGCGCCAGAUAACUUUGUUGUAGGAAAGUUCAAAAAUAGCCACGACGCGCAUGCGACUUACGGCCGACGACGACGUUACAACUUUGAACUUUUUAGAACGGUGUCAGUCCCGAGACCGAUGACAACCCGUCGCUCCGUUUACAUUCCGUUAUAACCUUCUCCACUUACAAAUAAAUGUUAUCGAAGUACUACAACAAAAAUGGCUGACUAUUGGAAAUCACAAGAUAGGAAAUACUGCGAUUUUUGUAAAUGUUGGAUCGCUGACAACAAACCUAGCGUACAGUUUCACGAAAAUGGUAAAAGACACAAAGAUAAUGUCUCAAAGAGGCUAUCGGACAUAUCGAGAAGGAGUGCCAAGAAGCAAAAGGAAGCGGCGAAGCUCGAUAUGGAAAUGAAGAAAAUGGAAGCGGCUGCGAUGCGAGCUUACAUGAAAGAUAUCGCGUCAAACCCUGACUAUAGUUCACAAGAGUUCAAAAAUCAGAUCGAAUCGAGAGGGGACGAUCUUACCAGGUUGUGCAUGACUUUAGAACAGCCAGGCCCUAAGCGCAACUUGAAUCUGUUUCCGUCUAAUCAACAGCUACAGCUGCUUCAACAACAGCAGCAGCAACAGCACCAACAACCACAACAACAACAACAAGAGGGAAAGAAAAAAGACAAAAAGAACAAAAAAAAGGUUGCAGUUGUAAAAGAAAAGAAAAGAGUCUGGUUUGAAACAAUGUCUGCACAAGGACAUCUAUAUUACUGGAACAGUGAAACAAAACAAUCAUCGUGGAUUAAACCUGAGGAAUUUAUUUCUCUCGAUGAACAAAAGAUGCUGGCAGAGGCACCUUUGGUCAGGCAAGAAAUUGACAUGCAGAAAGCAGACGAGGAGAGAGAGAGAUUCAUAGACACAGUCGAAGACGAGGCAGAAAUCAGGUCUUGGAGAAUGAGAGAGGAAAUAAGGAAAGCGGUCAGCGUCGUCAAAGAAGAAGAACCCGAACCUCCGAAAUGCGAGAUUUCAGGUCCUAUAUUAGGGCCAGAUCCUAAACCUGAGCCGUACGGGAAAUGGACUGUAGUUAAACAAGUCGAGCAAAAAGUUGUAGACUUGCAGGUACCAAAGCAAGAAUUCGUUGAGAUCAAUGUUCCUCCGGUGUACGAGCCCAAAAUUAAAAUAAAAGAGAAGCAAGUCACUUCUUUGGAAGAUGAAGGAGGUCCUUCGAGUUUUAAAAAGCGCAAGCCGAAUCCAGGAAGGAUGAACAUAAGGAGAAGGCUAGAUGACGACGAUUGAAACAAAUUAUUGAUUAAAAAAACUGUUUUUAUAAAGUAAUUUAUAAAUGUGCAUUUGUAUAAAUGUUGGUCUUUAUUUGGUUCAAGGUGUAAAAUAUUUUUUUUUAAAUUAUGUAAAUAGAAAUUUUUUUCAGUACAUACAUUAUCAGUGCAA